CCUUGGAUAUUCAGAUGCUUCUGCCCUGCACAGCAAGACAGCGCCCUUGGCAUUUCGACUAUUUUCUCUAGUGGAAGAAAAAAAGGACAAGGAAACUGGAAAGUAAACAAAGUGAACGAACGACAUUUUUCUCUGCAUAAACUCUCCAUUUGAUAUCGUGAUGAAGGUGCUCAUCGCGCUCCUUCUAGCGGCCGCCCUUGCGGAGGGCUCCCGGGUGCUGAUGGUGCUGCCCCUGGGCUCCGCCUCCCACAAGAACAUCCUGACGCCCCUAGCCGAGAGGCUGGCCCAGCGAGGACACCAGGUCACCUUCGCCUCCCUCCACGCCUCCGCCGCCCCCGCCAACGGCUCCGCGUUGCCCUACACCGACCUGGUCGCCGCCGACGCCUGGGACGUCGUGCGCAAGGUGACCGGGGGCUUCGACGUGUUCCGGAUGCGCGAGGCCGCCGGCGGCAGGGACGUCAACGCGCAGGUCAUGAAGAAGGUGGUGCGCCACCUGCCCGAGUACUGCGACGCCUUCCUGCGGGACCCCGCGCUGCAGGCCGCCUGGGCCGCGCGCCCCGACCUGGUGCUGCUGCCCGCCUUCAUGAACGAGUGCGGCCUGGCCUUCGUGCACAAGUUCAAGGCGCCCUUCAUCUACGUCACCACCUCCGGCCUGACGCCGUGGACGGCCGACCUGCUGGGCAACCCCGAGAACCCCGCCUACGUGCCCAACCAGUACCUGCCCUACGACGCCCACAUGACGCUGUGGCAGCGCACACUGAACACCCUCGUAAGAUUCAUCAGCCCGUACCUCCGGAGCCAGCUGGUGCUGAGCCGCCUCGACGGCGUGGUCCAGCGGUUCCUGGGCGACCCCACAGUGUCCCUGUCCGAGCUGGAAAAGAACGUGUCGCUGGUGCUGGUCAACUCGCACUACUCGCUGGGCCAUCCCCGCCCGCUGCUGCCCAACGUGGUGGAGGUGGGCGCCAUGCACUGCCGGCCCGCCCGCGCCCUCCAGGACGCCCCGCUGCGCCGCUUCCUGGACGCCUACGACGCGCCCGCAGUGUUCUUCAGUCUGGGCUCUGCCAUCCGCAGCGAGCAACUGCCGGCGUCCGUGCGGGACACCCUGGUGCGGGCCUUCGCGCGGCUGCCGUACCGCGUGCUGUGGAAGUGGGAGGGCGCCGCCGUGCCCGGCCUGCCGGCCAACGUGCUGACCCGCCCCUGGUUCCCCCAGCAGGACGUGCUGGGCCACGAGCGCGUGCGCGCCUUCCUGACGCACGGCGGCCUGUCGUCCAUGCAGGAGGCCGUGUACCACGGCGUGCCCGUCGUCGGCCUGCCGCUCAUGAGCGACCAGCACCUGAACGUGCGCCAGGCGGUGACCCUCGGCCUGGGGCGCGAGCUCACCCUCGAGACCUUGACGGAGGACGACCUGGUGGAAGCCAUCACGGCCGUGGUAGAGGACGAGGGCUUCCGCACGCGCGUGCACACGCGCUCACUCAUGCUGCGCGACCAGGAGACCACGCCCCUAGAGCGCGCCGUGUACUGGAGCGAGCACGUGAUGCGCUACGGCGGCGCCCCGCACCUGCAGUCCGCCGCGGCCUCCAUGCCACUCUACCAGUACCUCCUGCUGGACGUGGUGGCCGUGCUGGCCGUCGCCGCCGUCGCCGUGCUCCUGCUGCUGCGCUGGGCCGUCGUGGCCCUCGCGCGCGCCGCCCUAAGGGCGUCCAAGCGGUUUGCAGGCAGGGCUCUGCGAGUCCUGUGGAGCCACGCCAAACUGGAGUAGCUCCUUCCGCCCGAGGAGGGGACACAGAUCUCAAGCCGCACCUCAUUCGCUUUCCACCUCCGCCGACGUCACCCACAAAUCACCUGUAAAUACUGUCAUACAUUCCACCAUUAAGCAUCGCAUUCCUGUCGCCCUGUAUGAUGAGCCUGAUAUCUCAUUCAGCAGCCUCCAUCUGCAUCGUCAUCACCAGCUCCUGUUGUCACCACAUCAUUAUUUCAUACCGAUAGGAUAUUUUUGUACGUUUUAUAAGUAUGCAUGAAUAUAUUCCUAAUUAUGA